CUCUCCUCGUUGCUAUCCGCCACAAUCUCUUCAUUUCUUUUUUAUCUUGCGAUAAGUUGCUGGACUGUAUGAUACUAUACCUGAGCAAUCGACGUGAGUUUAAUUUCAUCAUUAUCCCGAUCGAUACCGCCUUCACCUUAUUCUUGGUUGUUGUGGUUCCUCUGCUUUUCGCGGUAUUAUAACCAUCAACACAUUAGCCAUUACAUUUGAUCAUCCUUCGUCCUGAAUAGCAUGAAUUCCCCCGCCGUGUCGGUCGCACUUGCAACCACUUCUCCUGUCCUCGAUCUCUCGGGUAGCACUCCUUUUGCCAUCAUUGUACAAUGCAUCCUCCACGCCAAACAGCCUAUCACGAUCUACUCCAGUGAUACGAUUCUUGAUUACACCUUCGCUCUUCAUGAUCAUGGUCUUGAAUUUUGUGAAAAGGAUCCUAGCACUGGGAAGAUCGUGGCAUCCAUUCCGCGACCGACGAUAAACAUAUGUCCUGAUCAAGGACGACCAGCCCCUCUGAUGGUGAACAAGGAUCGGUUCAUCACACUGUUCCCUGAGCAGCCAUUUGUGGUGGAACAUGCUAUAAGCAAAGGCGGGGAAGACAAAAUUUCCACCGGCAGCGAAAGCUUCUCUUCAAACGACCUCAGGCUCCAUAUUCUCGCCAACGGACUUCAAUCAGACAAGACCUACAUAAUCCGCACCCGGCUCGGUCACGCAAUUACUUGGUGGCGCUAUGGAUCCGCAGAAGCUAUCUUGAAACCGUUACCAUCCCGACUGUCGUCACUCACUGAGGCAGGAUGGCAUCAAGCAACCCUUGCUAUGGAAUGGGCGCGAGAUACCCAAUUUGGCACUACUUGGGCAAGCUCUUCUAAGAAAUGCUGUGAAGAGAGAGCAUCGAAUUCAAACGCUGAGGACGACUUUAAAAUCAAUUUGGCUGCGGCCACUCCCAUUUUUCCCGUCGACCAACGUAUUCCAUUGUCAUAUCGCAGCGAUGGAAACACCCCAGAAGUUGAGUUUCGAUGUGAGGGAACAUUACCAUUGUGGCCAUCGUAGGCAUAAUUACUAGAUAUAUGUGUACAGACU